UUGUGGGAGCCAUUUAAUUUCCUGCACCAAAUAUAUUUAGCAUCUGGCAUCUAUCACGAUUUAACACAUCAAGUGAGUUUAUUUACAGAUUUUACUGUGUUAUUGUUGUUCAAAACAAUCCAUUUUGAAACUUUGAAUCCAAAAACACAAAAUAAUAAUAAUUUGAUAAUGACUUUUCAAUAUCAAAAUAUUCUUGAAUGAAUGCUUUACUCUUUCAAUUGUUUUCAAAGCAACAUUCAAGUUUGAUAUGCUUAUUAAAGUUACACACAGUAAGUUUAAAAAAUAUAUAUAUCAAUUCAGAAGUCUUUUUCAGGAAGGGAUACUCAACAUUAUCAAACUGUUGAAAUCAGGCAUACUUAUUUGAGCCUGUUGUGGCUUUGGACAGAUGAGUUGAUGGCUGUAAGCCUUCCAGUCAAAUGAUUAUGUCUUUAUGUCUGGAGCUGGCUGGAGUUCUCCUAUCUGAUUGUGUGCACCACAUACAUAUGUGCCAUGAACCGUCAAUAUAACACAUUAUGACUGGCUAACUCAGAGUGUAGGGGCAGCUAGAAUUCUGCAUUCAGCUUCACACAUCUCAACUGUGUACAUCUCUAGUGUGACAAAACUGAGGUGCUUUAAAGAUUCAAAGACGCUAUUCAUGAAAAUGUCAAACCUGUUUCACUGAAUACAUAAUUGCCCAAAUAAAUUACCCCCACAUGUCCAAACAUACUUAGUGGUAAAGUUUUAAUCUAGGUAAUUUAGUUAAAGAGGCAGUAAUUGGUUUGUAAUUGGAAUGUUGUUGGGCCUUCCUCCAUGCAAAAUGUAAGAGUAGUCUCUAUCCCAUGUAGGGUGCCCAGUUAGUCUUUCUGAGAACCCUACUAAGUUUAGUAUUGUAAUAAUUUUCUACAUGCUUACAUGAUGUCUGGAUUAAACAUUUUAUUUUCAGCUAGAAAGCAUUUCUCUUUCCCUUUCUCCACCACGAAUGAGCAUUGGCUUUUUUCCCCCAGAGUUGAGGAAAUUGUAAAUGCAGCCAUGGGGUAGAAACAGGAGACACAGAUCAAAGGUUACACUUCCCAUUGCCUGUUCAGGUCUUUUUUCUACUUUUUUCUACUUCUAGUUGUUCUUUCGGCAGGAGCUGUUCAUAAAAAAAUAGGGAAGGGGGGGGGCUCGCUUCUGUAACAGUGAAAAGGAAGACCACCAAGCAAGCGUAGGUUAAAAUGUCUACCUUCUGCCAAAGUCACAGAACAGCUGUAAACUGCAGAAUAUGCACAUACCACCUGAUUUCUAAAAGAGAAGCUUGAGUGAAUCACAGUACAGCACGUCCCUUGAUCUGUCUUUUAUGCUGUGUUGUGUAGCUGCUAGGACAAGAUCAAGCCAAUCUGUAUGUACUUGGUAGAAAUUGCAUUCACAUAGCCCUUGAAAUGGAAGAAACUAUUUGAAUGCUUCUGAUACCAGUCAGCAGCGGAGAAACACCUACACUGACUCUACCAAGUGUUCCUAUAUAUUGAAAUCAGCAGUCAUUAUCAAAGCGGUCGGUGCCCAAAGCAAAACGUCUUGGAACGCUCACUAAACAGUAAAAUGUGGUCUUCAUCUCUGCAGAAAAUGAUCUAGCGGGCAGUGUCCGCUGUGUUGGGAAAAAUUACUUUAGUAGAGCUAGCAGUUUUAUGGAGUAUCUCUUUUUGUCUUUAAGUGAAAUUUGAGCUGAUUCAGCUAAAAAAAAUUAUUCGCGGAGGACAAAAGAGAUGGGUGAUUCUGGAAUGCUGGCAGUGUGUGUUAGCAUCAAUGCCCUCAUUUUUAGUGUUAUUUUUUUUUCAACCAGUAACAUCUGUUGCAAAGAUGUAAGGCAGAUAGACAGAGUUACUUCAGUUCCCUUUAAUAAUCAUUUGAGUGAGCUUCAUUGUUCCCACUGUGCUUGACAAAGUGACAAAUUAAACUUAAUCUGUCUUUUCCUGUCCUCAUAGGAAACCAUUUUAAAUAGUCUAAAGCUCUAAGGGCAAGUUACCCGGUGACUGGUGCCUGGGGUCUGGGACAAGGAGGGCUGUGGUAGGGGGAUUUCAGUGACAGUGUCACACAACAUCCAGGGCCAGGGCCAAGUCAUUUUAUCAACUAUAGGCGCCAAGCCAGAUCGAACCUUGGAUUUUAAAAGCUAGAGUGUGGUAUUUAUUUGUCUCCACUUAGAAACCAGGACCAGAGGACACAGCUGGAGACAUGCUUAGGACAGAGGGAUGUCCUGGAACUUUGUUAUUUUGCUUUUCCUGACGGGAUUCCUCUUGGUUGUGGAAGCAGGAAAAACUCGACCGCAGGGAGCGAUUCCAUCACCAUACAAGGACAACGGCAACACCUCACACAGGCGCACUCGCAAACAGGAGGUCCUGGCCUCCAGCCAAGAGGCCCUGGUGGUGACCGAGAGGAAGUACUUGAAGAGCGACUGGUGCAAAACCCAGCCGCUGAGACAGACUGUCAGCGAGGAAGGCUGUCUGAGUCGCACCGUCAUCAACCGCUUCUGUUAUGGACAGUGCAACUCCUUCUACAUCCCUCGACACAUCAAGAAGGAGCAGGAGUCCUUCCAGUCCUGCGCCUUCUGCAAGCCACAGAAGUUCACAACACUCACUGUUGAGCUGGACUGCCCGGAGCUACAGCCACCCUUCCGGCAUAGGAAAAUCCAGCGGGUGAAACAGUGCCGCUGCAUAUCUGUGAACGUCAGUGAAUCGGGCAAGCAGUGAGAUAGUCCUGCCAGUAUCUGCCAUGUAAAUAAUGCUUUGCCAUUAACUUGUAUUCCCUCUCAAAGGAGGGAUCAAGUAGAACUGAUUUUAGAACUGAAAUGAUUAUAUCCAAGGCAGUGGCAGUCACUGGCUUUAAAUAGUGACC